GUAUAUGUAUAAUUGUAUAUAUUGAGGUUCAAUGCAUUAAGAAACAAAGUAACAACGUCAGUAGUAGUGAAAACUGUGUGGUUUGAAGUGGAGAGGAGGGCAUGGCGAAUCUGCAGAUUGUUCCGGCGGGGACUAUAGCUAAUAAUGUGGAAGCACAGUUUGUGGAAAUGAUGGUUCCUUUGUAUUCUCAUGGAUGUGAGAGGAAGAUCAAGAAAGCCUUAUCUCAUUUGAAAGGAAUAUACUCGGUGAAUGUAGAUUUUAAUCAGCAGAAAGUGACAGUGUGGGGAAUAUGUAACAAGAGCGAUGUGUUGUCCACCGUUAGGAGCAAGAGAAAAGAUGCUCGCUUUUGGAAUCCCAAAGACAACGCCACGGCCGCUGUAGAAGGAGGAGGAAGAACGGAAGAGCAAUCCCAAACACCACCGAAUCAAAGACGUCUCUCCGCCCCACCUUUGGCACUUCUCCGGGUUCGAUCCCUUAGCUGGAAAUUGACUCUCAAGAAGGCGUUCACCCGAACAUACUCAUUCUAAAGUCACAUACCUUCAACUAUCUCUCGACCUUAAGCUUAAACGAUCCAUCCAAAUCAUUUUUAUUUGAGUUAAUGCAUUCUGAUCACUCUUAAACACGUACUUCGCUAGUCCUCUCACCGAUCAAGCGAGUUUGUGUAAAUUUUUUAUAAUAAUGAAUAAUAUUUGAUCGAGUUAUUUCAA